GCGGAGUUUGGGUUGUCUUAAAGGGACGGUGGCAAAAUAAGCAGCUUGGGCAAGAAAAGCGGGAAGGUUGCAAAGUAAGCGGAACGCUGGCGGCGGGGACCAGGGUCCGAAGGACAAGAAUUAGCAGAGUAGCCCAUUAUUUUUUUUAAUGCAGAAAUAGCAGGGAGGGGACAAAAUGCAAUCGGUCAGGCUCACAAGGAAACUGAUUCCAGAUGCUGCUGCCACCAUAUAGGAUAUUGACCAGAAGGAAACCAUUUUCACCUGCUCUUGUGGUAUGCUUUUGUCAUUUUACUGUUGUGGAUCUGCAGCUUGCAAAGUGCUUAAAAUUGUAUGUGGUUGUCACUGGAUUUCAGUGGAAUGGAAGGAGGAUGUUUUCCUCUGAGUUGUGAAAGGAGGAUGUUAGAAUAUCAAGAACAAGAGGAGCUGACUACUGUACGUGUCCAAGAUCCUCGAAUACAAAAUGAGGGCUCGUGGAAUUCUUAUGUGGACUACAAAAUAUUUCUUCAUACCAACAGUAAAGCUUUCACAGCCAAGACAUCUUGUGUGCGCAGACGAUAUCGUGAGUUUGUGUGGUUAAAGAAACAGCUGCAAAAAAAUGCUGGCUUGGUGUCUGUCCCAGAGCUUCCAGGGAAAUCCACCUUCUUUGCAGGCAACACUGAUGAAUUCAUUGAGAAGCGAAGACAAGGACUGCAACAGUUCCUGGAGAAGACAGUACAGAAUGUUGUACUCCUUUCAGAUAGCCAGCUGCACCUUUUCCUCCAGAGCCAGCUCUCUGUGCCAGAAAUUGAAGCUUAUGUGCAGGGUCGGGGCCCUAUGAGCGUCACUGAUGCCAUUCUCCGCUAUGCCAGGUCCAACUCUGGUUGGAUUCAGGAGAACAGUCAUUCAGCUUUGCUGGCCAUGCAGGACUUUGGCAGCAGUUUUGAUGGAGAAAGUCAGUUUGUCAAAAGCUCCAUGGAACCACUCCCUCAUUGGAGUGAGGUCAACAUAGAUGACAACGAGUUGGAGAGUCCGUGUUCUGAGGAAGAUGACCAUCAACCAACGGGGCUGCUGCAGAUUGGUUCCACGGCAUCAAGUGACCAUAUCAACAAUUAGAAUAAAACAGUCUAUUCAGGAUGUGCUUGAAGCUCAGUAUAAAUUUUUGCCACUUUGUUGAAAAUUACUUGUAUUAUUAGAACUCCAGGGGCAAGUGUUUGAAUUAUCACUGGCGGCUUGUGUGUGAACAAGCCUGGACCAGUGGAAUGUUUGAACGAUCAGAAUUGAGGUCUAUGAAUGCAGAGGUAGCUUUCCAGUAUGGUUUUUUUUCUGUUCUUGCAUCUUGAUCCUCCCUUACCAAAACAGCAAGGUUUUCCUCAACUUUUGGUGCAUUUUGACAACGUAUCCUGUAUAAGAAAGUGCUCUGGCUUGUUGACUACAUUCUCUUCCCUCAUCCUCCAUAUCUAUAACUGAUGGUGCUUGUUGCAAAACCCCAGCUGUCUUCUGUUAUUUUGUAGGUGUGUCAAAAUUAUUUGCCUGGGGUAAGACUUCCUUUGUAAGAUGAUGCCAGAAAGCCCACCUGCUUGCCAUAGAUGCCAAGUCCACAUCUGGGUUCCUUUGGAGUUGCACACAGCUGGGAAAAAUGGCCAGGCACCCUCCCCAACUCAUUAGCGCUGCAUGUUACGAACAUACAAGGGAAACAAGGAAUGCUAAUCUCUAUUCUUCUUGCAUGUUAGAUGCACAUCCUGGGAAGAGUCUUUCCUGCUGGAUUUCAUUGCUUUGACACAGCACACAACUUGACAGGGAGACACUAAUAAACCCCAUCAUAUGUGCUAGAUAAGAAUUGUACCUCUCUACCUCUGUGGUUUGAGUAGCAUACUUAACAAUCUUACCCCCAUCCUUGUUAUAUCAGCAGCAGACCAGCAAUUCUGUAAGUCCAAAUACUGCAGUUUGCAAAUAUCUUCUUUGACUUGCCUGAUCUUUGAGCAGAAAAGAAUAUAGAAUUGAAAUCAGUGGACUCAAAAGAACUGGAAGAGUCUGCUUGAGAUGUUUCAGUCCCUUUUUCUUUUCCCACCUUCCUAUUUCCAUAUGCUACAUAAUAGAAGCUACAUAUCAGAUCCAUGUUGUCUCUCCUCCAGUGGGAAACUCAAAUACCAGGGCAAUUUCUGCCGUAAGCCGAUUUCAUUCUAGGGACAGUGGUUUCUUUCUGCUUAACUAAAGUACUUGAGUUUUCUCUUCUUUGUGUUCCCUUCUCUCAUGACAACAAUCUCAAUAAAAUAUGUGAAAGAACAAUUAUUA